GCUGCUGAGUCAGGGCCUCCGCAGCCCCCUCCCGGCCCGGGGCCCAGACUUGUGUUCCGCCCCCGGCGCGGCUUGCAGUCCCGGGAGUCCCGGGAGUCCCGGGAGCCCCCGGGAGCCCGGCGGAGGAGGGAGGGAGGAAGGGGGGAAGGCGGCCCCACCCGGCCUCAUCCGGCCCGCGGGCAGCUCCUGGUCCUCUGUGCGCAGGAGAAGCGGCGGCUGCAGGAGGAGAUCAGCGCCGCGCGCCGGGAGCUGGAGGAGGAGAAACUCCGUGUGGAGCGGCUCAAGAGGAAGUCUCUCCGGGAACGCUGGCUAAUGGACGGGGCAGCUGAAGAGCCGGAGCAGCCCCAGGACCCCGCCUCACAGGACCCCCAGUCACCUGAGGACCAGGCUCAGGCCCGCAUCCGGAACCUGGAAGGCAGCUUGUUCACACUCCAGUCCCAGCUGCAGCUGUUACAAAGUGCAUCCACAGGUGCCCAGCACAAGCCCACAGGCAAGCCCACCUGGCGCCGACAGGGUCACCGUCCUCUAUCCCAGCCCACCGUGGAGGCAGGUCCUGCAGACCAGACUGAUCUAAACAAGAGCGCCUCCAUACCAGCCGGACCAGUGGACCCCUCUAAGUCCAGAGACGAGUCUGUCGGGGUUCCGCCAGCCCCAAGGAGGAUCCCUGGGGCAGCAGUGGCCUCCUCAGAAGCCAAUGGCCCCUGCCCUGGAUCCAGCCCCCCUCCGGAGCAGGCGCCGAGUCAGGGAGUGGCGGCGUCUGACGGGGGAGUGAAUGAGGCCAAAGGGGAAGGCACGGUGAAGGUGGUCUGGGAGGGGCUGAGGGCCACGGAGGACUGUACCACGGGGCCCACAGGCCCAGAGCUGGAGGCUAAGGUGGAGGAGAUGGUCAUGGAGGCCAUCGGGGACAGACAGGAAGCCGGACGCCUAGAGCUCCCUUCAUGGGUCACGGAGGACAGGGAUAUCGUGGAGGUAGUCUGGGAAGGGGUGGGAGGCACAGAGGGCAGCGACUCAGAGGCCAUGGGGGAGGCGGGCAGAGGCCUGGAGGCUGCACAGACCAGCUCACUGAGGCUGCAGGAGGGACCGGGGGGAGCAGCUUCUGGAGAAGGGGAAGGUGCCCCCAGGGGCAGCGCUGAUGGUGAUGGGCAGGGGGGCUUUGGAGGAGAGGAGGGGUCCUUCAUUUGGGUGGAGAGGGUGACCCUCAGUGAGCAGUGGGAAGAGCUGGGGCUGGAGGGGUUGGAAGGGCCAAAGGCACUGGGAAGGGAGGGAAAGGAUGAGAGUCCACUGGGGGCAGGCGGCAGAGGCGGGGAGGAAACGUGGGAGGCGGAGAGGAGGUGGGCAGAGGAAUUAGCGGGGAAGAGAGGAAGUGAGGGAAUGGCAGGCGCAGAGCCAGAAGGAGCAGAGAUGUCACUGGCAGUGAAGAGGAAAGGAAGCGAGAAAUCCUUGGAGCCGGAGAGGAGAGGAGUUGAGGAAAAGGUGGAGACAGAGAUGGGAGGAGGUGACGAACCAGUGUCGGCAGAAAGAAAAGAAGUUGAAGGACCUCUGAGGGCAGAGAGGGAAAGAGGGGAGGAGCCGUUGGGAGUACAGCAGAAAGGAGGUGAGGAAAAGUUAGAGGCAAUUGAAGAACCAUUGGUGACAGAAAGGAAAGAAGGUGAGGAAUCACUGAUGGUAGAGAGAAUAGGAGGUGAGGAAGCAUUGGAGGGAAAGGAAAAAAGAGACGAGGAGUCACUGAAAGUACAGAGAACGGGCGGUGAGCAGCUGUCAGAGGCAGAGAAAAAAGGAGAUGAAUCACUGAAGGUACAGAGAACGGGCGGAGAGCAGCCGUCGGAGGCAGAGACAAAAGGAGAUGAGGAACCACUGAAGGUACAGAGAACGGGCGGUGAGCAGCCGUCGGAGGCAGAGACAAAAGGAGAUGAGGAAUCACAGAAGGCAGAGAGAAUGGCAGGUGAAGAGCCAUUGCAGACAGAGAAGACUCAAGGGGCCGAGGGAGAUCUGAGUCCGGAAGAGCAGAGAGAGUCAGGAGGAGGAAAGGAGUGUCAGGCAGAGGAAGUGAGUGAGGAAGUGGCUCCCCUGGGGGCCAAGGAGGAGCCAAGGCCAGAGGAAGAAGGACAGCAGCCCCAGGAGAAGCAGGAAGGCUCCCCAGAAGCAGAAGCAGUGAAGCCCCAAACCUCUGAUGAGGGCCAGGACCCCUCUGGGGAUGCCACCCCCCUCCUGGCAGAGACCCCAGCUCAGGAGCAGCCUGCUGAGUGCCAGCCACUGCUUCAGGUGGAGGAGCCCAGGGCCAACCCCAGUGCCCAGGCGGUGCCCACCUACGCGCCUGCCCAGCAGCCGGAGCCAUCUGCCCCUCCCGAGGGCGAAGAGGCGAGUGGCCCUAAGCAGAAGACGUGCCAGUGUUGUGCGGUUAUGUGAGCCCACGCCCUCUACCCCACUCCCAGCUCCUCUCACAGCUACCUCGGCCUCUUGGCAUCAGCAGAUGGUCCCAGGCGCAGACAGGGCACCACGGGACUGGUGAUGGCACCUGGGAGCCAGCUGGUCCACAUGUCCAUCUCCACCUGGGCUCCUGGACCCCUUGCACACUGCCUGUGACCCUGGCCCCUUUCUGUGACAAAGCCUUUAUACUUGAAAAUAAAAUGUUGAGCAUUUGGA